AUGAAUCUGUUACGAGAACAGAGCCGGACCAGACCUAUUUCCCCCAAAGAGAUUGAACGCAUGGUUGGAAUUAUCCACAGAAAAUUUAGCUCUAUCCAGAUGCAGCUCAAGCAAAGCACAUGUGAAGCUGUAAUGAUUCUUCGCUCCCGCUUCCUCGAUGCUCGGCGGAAGAGGAGAAACUUUAACAAGCAAGCAACAGAAAUCUUGAAUGAGUAUUUCUACUCACACCUCAGUAACCCUUACCCCAGCGAAGAGGCCAAAGAGGAGUUAGCCAAGAAGUGUGGCAUAACGGUGUCACAGGUAUCAAACUGGUUCGGAAAUAAGCGAAUCCGCUACAAGAAGAACAUAGGUAAAUUCCAAGAGGAAGCCAAUAUUUAUGCUGCCAAAACAGCUGUGACUGCUACCAAUGUGUCAGUUCACGGAAGUCAAGCCAAUUCGCCCUCAACUCCCAGUUCUGGUUCCUCCAGUUCUUUUAACAUGUCAAACUCUGGAGAUUUGUUCAUGAGCGUGCAGUCUCUCAAUGGAGAUUCUUACCAAGGUGCCCAGGUUGGAGCCAACGUACAGUCACAGGUGGAUACCCUUCGCCAUGUUAUCAGUCAGACAGGCGGAUACAGUGAGACUCUGACAGCAAAUCAGAUGUACAGUCCGCAGGGCAUCAGUGCUAACGGAGGGUGGCAGGAUGCAGCCACUCCUUCGUCUGUGACUUCCCCUACGGAAGGACCUGGCAGUGUCCACUCUGAUACCUCCAACUGA